GCCCAAGGCGGAGUGGCUCGCGCGGCUGCCACUCACACAGACGUCCUCUCCCCAGGCGGAGGCUCGUGAACGUCUCAGUCGCGGUGAGGAGAUCUGACGGAGCGGCUUCUGUUCAUGGACCCCCAGCACCAGCGCCACCACGAGCCCCGCGCGCCCACACAUGUAACGCCUGGCCCGAGCCCGCACGGAGCGAGCCCCCGCAUGUGAACGUCUCUCCCCCCCCCGCCGCGGAGGAGGAGGAAGUGGUCGCCGGCUCUGCGGCUGUUUGUCUCUGCUGCUCCGCGCUUCUCCCCCCGCACAUCUCCCCGCGACUCAUCCGAGGCAUGUGGACCCGCACCGGGAUUAGGAGUCGCUUCCCGACAGUGCUGCUGCUGCUGGCGCUAUGGACCGAGCUGUCCGAGUCGACCGGCCACUUCGACCUGCAGCUGAUCUCCUUCGAGAACAUCAACGGGGAGCUGGCGGACGGCGACUGCUGCGAUGGCGCCCGCAGCCCCCAGGACCAGCGCUGCUCCCAGGACCAGUGCGACACCUACUUUAAAGUCUGCCUGAAGGAGUACCAGGUGGACGUCACCACCCAUGGGACCUGCACCUUUGGAAGUAGAACCACGCAAGUUCUCGGUGGGAAUAUGUUUUAUUUUAAGAAGAACAGCAAAGUUAUCGACGGCGGGAGGAUCCAGAUCCCGUUCCAGUUCGCCUGGCCGCGCACCUACUCUCUGAUCGUGGAGGCGCGGGACUGGGACAACGACACGCGCGCUGACGACGAAGACGAGUUGCUGAUCGAGCGCGACUACCACACGGGGAUGAUCAACCCUGGAGACCCCUGGCAGACGGUCCACCACGACGGCCCGGUGGCUCACAUCAUCUACCAGAUCCGGGUGCGCUGUGAUGAGAACUACUACGGCAACAAGUGCAACAAGCUGUGUGUUCCUCGCGACGACUACUUCGGACACUACCGCUGCGAGCCCUCGGGCGCUCACGUCUGCCUGGAGGGCUGGAUGGGCCCCGACUGCCGGACUGCCAUCUGCAAGCCAGGCUGCAACCUGCUCCACGGCCGCUGCGCCAACCCUGGGGAGUGCAGUUGUAACUAUGGCUGGCAGGGUCAGUUCUGUGACGAGUGCGUCCUGUACCCCGGCUGCGUGCACGGAACCUGCAGCGUCCCCUGGCAGUGCCACUGUGAGAGGAACUGGGGCGGCCUGCUCUGCGACAAAGACCUGAACUACUGUGGCCGGCACCAGCCGUGUGUGAACGGAGGAACCUGCAUGAACACGGAACCCGAGUUCUCCUGUGCGUGUCCGCAGGGAUACUCUGGCAAGACCUGUGAGAUCGCCGAACACGCCUGCGUCUCCAAUCCGUGUGCCAACGGAGGUGUUUGCCACGAGGUCGAGUCCGGCUUCGAGUGUCAGUGUCCACCAGGCUGGGCCGGACCCACCUGCGCUCGAGACUUGGACGAGUGUGCCUCGAGUCCCUGCGCUCAGGGAGGAACCUGCAUCGACCUGGUCAACGGUUUCGAGUGUGUGUGUCCUCCUCAGUGGGAAGGAAAGACCUGCCAGAUAGAUACAAAUGAGUGCGCGAGAAAGCCGUGCGUGAAAGCUUUCUCUUGCAAAAAUUUGAUUGGCGGAUAUCACUGCGACUGUUUUCUGGGAUGGGCUGGACAAAACUGUGACAUCAAUGUCAAUGGCUGCCAGGGUCGCUGCCAGAACGGAGGCGUGUGCCAGGAGGGUCCGAGGGGCUGGGGCUGCCAGUGUCCGGCCGGUUUUACCGGUCCCCGCUGUGAGAUCCAGAAGAACAAGUGCGACAGCCGGCCGUGUCAGAACGGUGGUCUUUGCCACGCGCUUCAGGGCGGGUUCGUGUGCGAGUGUCCGCCACAGUUUGCAGGUCAACUGUGCGAGAUCCCCACGUGGGCCCCGUCCGACUCGUGCGAUCCGAACCCGUGUGAGAACCAGGCCCGCUGCCACAGCAUGGACCAGGACUUCUACUGCGCCUGUCCCGAGGGCUACGAGGGGAAGACGUGCGAGCGGCUGAAGGAGAAGUGUCUGACGACCCCGUGUCAAGUGAUUGACAGCUGCACUGUGAGCGUCAUGGCCGCCAACUCCUCGGAGGUGCAGCUCAUCUCGUCCAACGUGUGCGGCCCUCGAGGCCGCUGCGUCAGUGGGCCGGAGGGGAACUUCACCUGCGUGUGCGAGCCGGGCUUCAGCGGCCUCUACUGCCACGAAAACAUCAACGACUGUGUCGGCAGCCCGUGCCGCGGCGGCGGCACCUGCAUCGACGGCAUCAACUCCUUCCAGUGCUUCUGCCCGGACGGCUGGGAGGGCCGGCUCUGCGACCUCAACGUGAACGAGUGCCGACACGACCCGUGCAAGAACGGCGGGCGCUGCGUGGACCUGGUCAACGACUUCUACUGCGAGUGCAGCGAUAACUGGAAGGGCAAGACCUGCCAUUCCCGUGAGAGCCAGUGCGACGCCACCACCUGCAGCAACGGAGGGACCUGCUCCGACCACGGCGACAGCUUCCGCUGCGCCUGUCCGCCGGGCUGGGACGGCAACACCUGCAACACAGCCAAGAACAGCACCUGCGCCUCUGGUCCCUGUUCGAACGGGGGAACGUGCGUCGGCGGAGGAGACGCCUUCACCUGCAUCUGCAAGGACGGGUGGGAGGGUCCCACCUGCGGACAAAAUAUCAACGACUGCAACCCUCAUCCGUGCUACAACGGCGGCGUCUGUGUGGACGGGGUCAACUGGUUCCGCUGCGAGUGUGCGCCCGGCUUCGCCGGCCCGGACUGCAGGAUCAACAUUAACGAGUGCCAGUCGUCGCCGUGUGCCUACGGCGCCACCUGUGUGGACCAGAUCAACGGCUUCAGCUGCAUCUGCCCGCUGGGUCGCACCGGCUCGCGCUGCCAAGAGUUCGUGGGCGUGGGACGCUCCUGUCACUACACGGGGCUGCAGUUCCCUCACGGCAGCCGCUGGGAAGAAGACUGCAACAACUGCCAGUGCAGCGACGGCAGAGUGGACUGCACCAAGGUGGUGUGCGGGCGUCGGCCGUGUCGUCUCCCGUCCUCUGACCAGCAGCAUGCGUCGUGUCCCGCCGGCCGCCAGUGUCUGGAGCACAAGUACCUCACCUGCUUCACGCCGCCGUGCCACCAGUGGGGCGUGUGCGCCGUCACCCGCGCGCCCCCGUCGCCGCCCGCCACCAAGUGCCAGCCCAACGCCAGACACCUGGACAACAGCUGCGCCAGAAUCACGCUCGUCUUCAACCGCGACAAGGCGCCAUCGGGGACGACGGUGGAGAACAUCUGCUACGAACUGAGGUUCCUCGCCGACAUCCGAAGUCUGGCGAACGAUCAUGCGCUGCUGCUGCUCUGCGAUCUUUCACACUCCAACCCGGACGCCGUGGAGGUCGCCAUUUCGCUCCAACCCGAGGACCUCAGAGACCACAGUCGCAUCCAGGAGGUGGCCAGUGCCAUCGUGAGCUCCUUGUCCAAGACGCACAACAGCACGGUCAUGCUAGCGAUCAUCGAGGUCAAGGUGGAAACGCAGGUCACGCCGCGUUCAGUGGACUUCCUGGUGCCGCUGCUGUGCGUCCUCUUUGGCCUGCUGUGCGUCUUCUGCGUCAUCGUCUGCGUGUGGUGGACACGCAAGCGGAGGAAAGAGCGCGAGAGGAACCUGCGGCCGGAGGACAACGUCAACAACCACUGGGAGCCGCUCCGCCUGGUGGUGGGCUGCCCGCAGCCGGCGGCGCAGCCGCUGAAGGAGAGCAACAGGGAGGCAGAGCAGGAGCGCAAGAAGCUCAUGGGCCCCUCGUACCGGACGUACGACGGCGAGGAGGAGGCGGAUGAGGAGCAGGAGGAGACGGAGGGCGAGCUGGACCAGGAGGCCGGGGCGGAGGCGGCGUACAAGUACUCUAAGGCUGCGGUGGCGUCCAGUGACAGCGUCAUCUGCACGCUGCGCACGUGCAGCUCGCCCCUCAAGGCGCCACACCGGACCCCCGGCUACAGCCCCAAAGACAACCGCUGGAAAAACGUCAGUGCCGUUCUGAGCGCGCCCAAAGAGCUGAGAGACCAUUGUGUAUAAGCCGCGGCCGGCGCCCCCCGCUGUUGGACCGGGCCCUUCUGGAGACGCGAGCGGACGCGCGGCGGCGGCGGCGCCGCUCCUUUUUUGUUGCUGUUUUGGUCACUGUACCUGGAAGCUGUUUUACAACCUCAGGAGGCUCAAGCACAGUGAACACCUUUAGUUUGUCAUGCUCACCCGCAGAGGGCGCCACCUUCAGGAGGCCGAGCUUUUUUUUUCAAUCCGUUUUGGAGAAAGGAGAAAGAAACUGCUUUUGGUUUGUUGUUUACAAAUGUUUUGAUUUUCCUGGUUGGCGGGCUCCUGAUGAGAGGGUCGGGACGAGCCCCCCCGCACCCCACCCCCGCCCGCCCUCGAGCGGCAGCCUUACCAAAAAUGAGAAAAGCUGGAAGUGGAACUUGGCCAGCAGGGGGCGGCGACCCCAGUGCCUACUGCGUGGCCUUCCAUGUCGUCGUCCGUUCGCAAGCUGGUGUUGGAGGAUGUCUGCAGUAUUUGAGUUGGUAGCAAGUGCCUUUCUCCGAGCCCCGAGUCCCUCGGGUGCCUCCAAGUCUCGCUGCCCCGGUUCCACCUCUUCGUCGUCCAAAUCUAAAUGUACAUGUCCACAGCUACUGACGGUAUUUGACCCGAACAGAAAUGAAUGCUCUGUACAUACGUGUAAAUACUAAAGGAGUCGCUGUGUAUAUUUGAAAUAAGUAACUUAAAGACAAGUCACACAUUUUUAUUAUUAUUAUUAUUAUUAUUGUUAUUAUUAUUAUUAUGAUUAAUAUUAUUUUUAUUUUUUUUACAAGGCCAUUCCUUUUAUUUAUGCCAGUGGAGACGGGCAGUUUUAUAGCUUCACACCCGGAGUUCCGCAGCUGCGAAGCUCACAGUGAGGUACCGCCGAUGAAGGACUUUCUGAAGGGUUGGGAAAUGGUUCCACGCCGGGAGACGUGCCUUUGAGCAAGCCGCUUUUAGGUUUAAAAGGUCAUGUGACGCUGCUAACAAAGAGAAACCCUCAACAGUUCCCACACUUUUUUUUUUUGUUUUCUAAACCGAGCAGCCGAUUUGAUUUUUCAUGUUACAGUUAACCAGAUUUUUUUUUAAAUUGUUGAUAGAAAAGUGGUUUAUUUUUCACCAAACAUUUAAAUGUUUUUAUUUUAUUUAAAUAUUUUUAUUUAUUUGGGGUUUUUUUCUGUUGGUAUUUUAUUCUUCAUUUUAUUUUUUUUAUAUCCUUUUUCUUGUUUUACUUUUCCAUUGUUUUGUUCAAAUAGGUUUUUUUAGGCCCCGCCCCCUCCCCCGCCUCCUGGCUUGUGAGCGUUUCCCCCGGCAACCGUUUCUCAGCCCGUCACAAACCCUUUAGUUUCAGGUGCCUUAAGGAAACUUGCAUUCUUUGUGUAUUGGUUUUUCUCCUUGGUUUGGACUGUGGACUCUCCCAGCCUGUCCACCGCGGCGCGCGGAAUCAUGAGGCGGCGUCUUCGCGUUUGGCUUCAAGGCUUUAAUGAAGGGAACAAAAAUGAGCGACGUUUUGUUGAUGUGUUCUGUUUCUACUUUGAAGUUACCAAAACUGUAACUGGCAUCAGGUGUUGGUGUAAACACGGCGACAAUAAAGAGUUGGAGGUGCGUCACUGCUGGAUCUCUCCCGCCGAGCCACGCCUCCGGGACGUGGCCUCAUCUUGUACAUACCUUUUCCUUAUUUUAGUGGAUGUUUCAUGUUCAAAAAAAAUCAUCCCACUUAUUUAUUAAAGCCGUUUUGACACA